AUGGCAGCAACUCAUUCACAUAUCGCGGCACGAGGGUACGGGUCAAAUGCCACAUACAUCUAUGAGUACUCAAGGGGGUUGGGUGGCGUGGACGUCCCUCGUGACGUGAUCUUUACUCGGAUUAUCUACGUUACCCUGAGCGUCGUGGCAGUCGCAUUGUUCUGUGGCCGGGUUGCCCAGAUCAGCCAUGCCUAUCUACGCCAAAUCACCGCAAAUAGCGCAGACAAGCGCCAGCAGACCUUUUGGGCCCAGGAACAAUCAACGUGGUGGCCCAACGUCAAGAAGCACGUCCUAUACGCCCCCUUAGGAAAGAAGAGACACAACCGAGAAUUACAGCUCUCUUCCGCUGUCAACGUCGGCACCUUACCCUCCCGACUGCAGACCCUCCUGGUCGCACUAUACUUCGCUACCCAGGUCGCAUACUGCGUCAUCCUGGAUUAUAGCGUCAACAACAAGGCAGCCUUGGUGGCCGAGCUGCGCGGCCGAUCCGGGACGCUGGCCGUCCUCAAUAUGGUCCCGCUGUUCCUCCUCGCCGGCCGAAACAACCCCUUGAUCGCAAUACUCCACAUCAGCUUUGACACAUACAACCUCCUCCACCGCUGGCUAGGCCGCAUGGUCGUCCUCGAGUCAGUCGCCCACACAGCUGCAUGGGCCGUCAACGCCGUCGAUGAGGAAGACUUCAGCCGCAUGCUUGUCCGCGUGCGUGAUACCCCCUUCUUCCUAUGGGGCCUGGUAGGCACAGCCGCAAUGGUCUUCCUCAGUCUACACUCCCCGUCGCCCAUCCGCCACGCCUUCUACGAGACCUUCCUCCAUCUGCACCAACUCGCCGCAGUGCUCGCUUUCGUCGGCGUAUGGCUGCACUUGAAGCUAGACAAUCUCCCACAGCAAAGCUGGGCGAGAACAAUCGCCUGCAUCUGGCUCGGCGACCGACUCGCGCGCCUCUUCCGUCUCGUCCACCUGAACAUCUCAACCUCAGGUACGACAACAAUGGUCGUCGAAGCUCUCCCAGGCGAAGCCUGCCGCGUAACCUUCCACCUGCCCAAACUCGUCCAGAUCGAACCGGGUUGCCACGUAUUCGCCUACAUCCCCAGCAUCUCAUGGUGGAUGUCACACCCAUUCUCAAUCGCCUGGGCCGAACCCAGCACGAGCAACACAGCAGCAUUAAUCCCCUCCGCAACCCAACCACAAACACAAACACUUGGCAAAGGAUACAACGACCUAGAAAAACAAUCGGACCUCCCAACCAAACCCACAAAACCAACAACCCAAGUCUCCCUCAUAAUCGGCGCCCAAAAAGGCAUGACCCGCCGUCUCUUCAACCUCGCCAACGCCUCCCCCUCCAAAACCCUCACAUUAUCAGGCUUCAUCGAAGGCCCCUACGGCUCACACCCAACAAACCCCUCCAGCUACGGCACAACAGUCCUCUUCAGCGCCGGCGCAGGAAUAACCCACCACUUGCUCUACACGCGCGCGCUCGUGACAGCCGCAGCACAGAACACCGCCGCAACGCGGAAAGUCUAUCUGAUCUGGUCGGUCCGCUCUACAGACCACCUCACCUGGGUGAGUAAGUACAUGGACCAGAUCCUGCGCUUGCCGAAUCGGAGGGAUAUCCUCGUUGUUAAGCUUUUCGUCUCGAAGCCGCGUCGCGCGGCGGAUAUCGUUAGUCCAUCGGCGACGGUGCUUAUGCAUUCUGGGAGGUGUAGGCCGGAUGUUGUUCUUGAUGAGAUUCUGCCCGGACGGACUGGGGCUACGCUGGUUAGUGUUUGUGGGCCUGGGGCUUUUGCGGAUGAGGUUCGGUCUGCGGCGAGGGAGAGGAUUGGGAAGGGGGCUGUGAUUGAUUUUGCGGAGGAGGCUUUUACGUGGUGA